CAAAGAACAAUUUUGAGAACGAACUUAAAAUAAUAAAAUGUCAUACAGUUAUCAAAGACUCAAUAAAACUAAAGCAGCACAAUCCGUGUUACAAACAGGAGAAUUAUUACACUUGAUCUUUUCAGAGUUUGAACAUCAAGAUGAUUUAUUUUCUUGUCUAUUGAUUAAUUCGCUAUGGGCAAUGACGAUUGUAAGAAUUUUAUGGAAAGAUCCUGAAUGGAAAUUUUACGAAUCAUACAAAAAAUGGUUUAGAACUUUGAAAUCAUCAAAUACUACGUUUGAUUACGCAAAAAUGGUUCAAAGAUUAAAAUUUUGUCCUCAUCCUCGAUGCGGGAAAGACAAGUAUAAUGUUAAUGAGCUCAAACAUAUCGCUAACCAUUGUACUAACGUGAAGCAUAUUGAGUUUUAUUGCCUUCAUGGUACUUUUGAACCCGUACAUGUAGCGAUGUUUUUGAAGAUCUUGCCGGGGUUGACUUCUUUCAAAACAGAGGCAAUUUGGCAGCACGCUUUAGAUUCAACUUUAAUGCCAAUUGCUGAGGGAUUUUGUCCCAAAUUAACGUCUUUAGAAAUUCCUGGAAAUGGUGAUACUGAUAAAUGCGCUUGGAUUCUUCAACGGAUUGGCGAGCACUGUCCAAGGAUCAAUAGGCUCAAAACCCGUUGGGAAAUCAAAGGAUUAAAGAUGGCACAAAUUAUUGUCAAAUCUUUUCCGAACAUUGAAGAAUUAACUUGCCGUAGUGUUAACUAUGAUGGUUUGAGAAUUUUAUUAUCGGGAUGUCGAAAGCUAAAAUAUUUUGAUUUUACAUUCGCAACGGAACUGAAUGAUGAGAUGGCCGUUUCUAUCGCUCAUAUUUUUCCCCAAUUGGAAACUUUCAACUUGAAGAUUUUCGGAAAAAAUAAUUUUCCUCAGUUCAUAUCAUCAUGGUCUCAGAAUCAAACAAAGCUUCGUGAAUUGCAUCUUUCAUUCGGAGAAGGUCUUAGUGAUGAAAGUUUCAUUCCAAUCACUCAAAAUUGUACAAGUUUGGAAGCCAUUACUUUGUGGUGGUGUGGUGGAUUUACAGAUGCGUCUUUUGAAGCACUUGCUUGUAAUAGGAAUGUCGCCUUGAAGAAGUUGCAAUUUUAUCAUGUAAAAGAUUUGAAGGAUGACGGAUUAAUAACAAUUGCUGACAAUUGUCCAAAAUUACAGGAACUACAUCUGGUACAUUGCGAGAGUUUAACGCAAAAUUCUUUAGUUAAAGUUGCUAGAGAUUGUAAAAAUUUGGUGACGGUUAAAGCCGAAUUCUGUAGCAGGAGAUAUAAUUGGCAAAUGACGGCAGCUUUUCUUUUUACCCUAGCUAAUCGUAAUAGAGGGACUCUUGAAGUACUAAAGUUUCAUGAUAGAAAUACUUGUAUAACUGAUACGGAGUCAUACGAUAAAUAUAGAUUUGAUGGUUAUUUGUUUGAAAGGUUAGCAAAGAGAUGUCCGAAACUAAAAAUUCUGGAGCUUCAUACAUAUCAUCAAGAAACAAGUCCUACGUCAUUAUUCCGUGCAUUAUUGAAAUUCAAAAACCUUGAAUCAUUAACAAUAUAUCCGGGUGAAGAUGCACGACGACAACAUUUAGAAAAAUUACAAACGCAUCGUCGGCUUAAAGACGUAGUGUUUUAUUUGGGGAACACUGAAGACAUGAAAGCGUAUUAUCAAGAAUUUAGUAGGAAAAAUAGAGGGUGUAUAGCAGCACAGUUUUGGCCCGGAAAUUUCAUUACUAUGGGUUCACAUCAGGUACAGGCGAUGUAAUUUUGAAUUUUAUUUAUUCAUAUGUGUAUUUUAUUACUUUCUUUUAAAAGAUUUAUUAUAUUAUCUUUAUUUUGCAAGAAAAUUAUUUAAAAGAACUUAUUUGAGCUUAAAAUAUCGUUCACAUUCUUCGUCUUGAUCAAAAAUGAACGUCGGAAAAAAGAAAAGCUCCAAUAUAUUAUGCAAUUGUUUUAUUGAAAAAUGAAUUUUUCUCUCGUACUGAUCUUCAUUUAAAAUCAUUAAUCGUUUAUAGUUUAUUGAGAAAAUGUUCUUUUUUGUAGUUUAAAAUAUGCUCUUAAUGGAGUUAGAGAAGUUGUGAGGAAGGAUUUAGAAGUUUUAUGGAUCUCAUAAAAUUAGCAAAUGGGAAUGAAUAAAAAUUUAUAGGGAUUUAGGGAAAAUUGUACGCUAUAUUAAUUUAUAAUUAUUAGUCAACUAAUAACAUAAUGA